GAUCCUUAAACAAUUUUAGGGAUCUGAGGCUGUGACCUGAAGACAAGGGAAUCAGAAUGACCGUGAAUGGACUCUGCUUUCUCCAGGGACUUGUCUUUCUCCUCUCCGUGGUCCCUGUGGAUGGUCAAGGAAACCAGACCCAGAUAUUGCCUGGGUGCAAUGAUUCCACAUCUGAUCCUGCAGGCUCUGCAGACUCAGAGGAGAGAGAUGCCAACUGCUCAGAGAGCAACCAGCUCCGCCUGGUGGACGGGGGCGGUCGCUGUGCCGGGAGAGUGGAGGUCCUUCACCAGGGCUCCUGGGGCACCAUCUGUGACUACAGCUGGGACCUGAGCGAUGCCCACGUGGUGUGCAGACAGCUGGACUGUGGAGUGGCCGUCAUUGCCACCAUCUCUGCUCACUUUGGACCUGGAUCAGGGCGCAUCUGGCUGAAUAACCUGAGGUGCUCAGGAAAGGAGUCCCACGUGUGGAAGUGCCCUUCCUGGGGCUGGGGGAAGCACUACUGCAAUCACAGGGAGGACGCAGGUGUCAUCUGCUCAGGAUUUGUGCGUCUGGCUGGAGGGCAUGGACCCUGCUCAGGGCGAGUGGAAGUGCAUUCUGGAGGAGCCUGGACUCCCGUGUCUGUUCGGAACUUCACGUUGCCCUCUGCCCAGGUCAUCUGUGCAGAGAUCCAGUGUGGCAAGGCUGUGUCUGUACUGACGGAUGCAUCCUUCAGGGAGGCUGAAGGUCAGGUCUGGGCGGAAGGAUUCCGAUGUAAGGGGCAGGAACAAGCGCUCUCGUUCUGCCCCAGAUUGUCCUGUCCUGGAGGCACUUGUCACGGCGGUGGGGCCGUUCAGGUUAUCUGUUCAGAGUACACAGAAGUGCGGCUCAUGAAAAAUGGCACCUCUCCGUGUGAGGGGCAAGUGGAGAUGAAAAUUUCCGGAGCCUGGAGAGCACUCUGCGCCUCUCGCUGGAAUAUGGCCAACGCCGAUGUCCUUUGCCGUCAGCUCGGCUGUGGAGUCGCCAGCUCCACCCCAGAAGGAGCAUACUUCGUCCAGGGAGAUGAUCGGGUCUGGAAACACCGAUUUCACUGCUCAGGGGCUGAGUCCUUUUUGUGGAAUUGCCCUUUGACUGCCCUGGGGAUGCCUGACUGUAGCCACGGAAACACAGCCUCCGUGAUCUGCUCAGGAAACCAGACCCAGAUAUUGCCUGGGUGCAAUGAUUCCACAUCUGAUCCUGCAGGCUCUGCAGACUCAGAAGAGAGAGAUGCCAACUGCUCAGAGAGCAACCAGCUCCGCCUGGUGGACGGGGGCAGUCGCUGUGCCGGGAGAGUGGAGGUCCUUCACCAGGGCUCCUGGGGCACCAUCUGUGACGACGACUGGGACCUGAACGAUGCCCACGUGGUGUGCAGACAGCUGGACUGUGGAGUGGCUGUCAGUGCCACCGUCUCUGCUCCCUUUGGGGUGGGAUCAGGGCCCAUCUGGCUGGACGACCUGAACUGCACAGGAAAGGAGUCCCACCUGUGGAAGUGCCCUUCCCGGGGCUGGGGGCAGCACAACUGCAAACACAAAGAGGACGCAGGUGUUAUCUGCUCAGAGUUCCUGGCCCUCAGGCUGGUGAGUGAUGACUACGACUGUGCUGGGUGGCUGGAGGUUUUCUACAACGGGACGUGGGGCAGUGUCUGCAGCAGCCCAAUGGAGCCCAACACCCUGGCUGUGAUCUGCAGACAGUUGGGCUGUGGGGAGAUGGGGGAUCUCAAUAUUUCUGCUAGCAUCAGGAAGGUUUCUCAGCCCCACUGGGUGGAUGGAAUCCAGUGUCGGAAAGGUGACACCACCCUCUGGCAAUGUGUUUCUGAUGCCUGGGACAAAAGCUCAUGCUCUCCAAAAGAAGCAGCUCACAUCAUUUGUGCAGGAGCAAGACCCAAGAGCUGUCCCACCGCAGCCCCCUGCACAGACAAAGAUAAGCUCAGGCUCAGGGGAGGAGACUCCGCGUGCUCCGGGAGAGUGGAGGUUUGGCACGACGGCUCCUGGGGCACGGUGUGUGACGACGCCUGGAGCCUGGCGGAGGCCGAGGUGGUGUGUCAGCAGCUGGGCUGUGGCUAUGCCCUCGAGGCCCUGCGGGAGGCAGCGUUUGGCCCAGGCAAUGGAAGGAUCUGGCUGGACGAUGUGCAGUGCAGGGGCAGGGAGGCCUCCCUGUGGGCCUGUGCCUCUGCGCCCUGGGGAUGGAGCAACUGCAAGCACGAAGAGGAUGCUGGAGUCAGGUGCACUGGUGAGAGGACCACAUUGCCUCCAAGCCUUAGAGAGCCCAGCUCAGUCUCAGUUCCUGGCCCUGGUAUCUUCUCCCUGCCUGGGAUCCUCUGCCUCAUCCUGGGCGCCCUUCUCUUCCUGGUCCUCAUCAUCCUGGUGAUGCAGCUGCACAGACGGAGAGCAGAGCACAGAGCCUUGCACAAUUAUGAAGAUGCUCUCAAUGAGGCCUUGUACCAGGAGAUUGAUUACCUCGUAAAACCAAAGGAGGACCCGCUGGGCAGUGCAGGAACCUUGUCUGGUGACUCGGUGACUAAGCUGCCAUAUUACACAGGGGACAAUGAGGAGGAUGGAAACCCUGAAUCUACCCCAGAGCCUCCAGGUCAGCAGGCCGAUGCUGCAGGAAAUGGUUAUGAUGAUGUUGAAGAGUUACCUGUUCCUGAAAUUCCUCCUGUCCCUGGGAUGAGUGGGAAGUAUACUCGCUCAGAGGAGGAAGAUGGUGCCAGGUAUUCCCAGACAGAUGCUUCUCUGCAGUCUCCUAGCAAAGCUGCCGACUCUAGGAUGGAAAGCAGAGGUUCCUCCUGGGUCCUGGGGCAAGGAGAAGACCUUGGGUAUGAUGAUGUUGAGCUUAGUACCAGUGGAGAGCCAUUUCUGGAGCAAACAGUCUGAAAAGAAUCUUCUGUGAUGUUUCCCAAAUAAAUGAGAAUCCUGUCUUUUUCAUUACUGCAAAGUUUUUAUGUGUGCCUAUAAUAAAAGGAAA